ACCUGUGGGACUCUGGCUGCAGGAGCUGCUCUGUGCUGCUCUCCCCUCCCUUCCAGCGCCCCGGAGUUCUGCCCGAGGCAUGGGGACCAGAGGAUGGAUGCUUCCGACCCUCAUGGGAUGCUGCCUAUGGAUUCUGCACGGGCUGGGGACCGCCGCCGCUGUCCCUGUCACCACAGAGGGACCAUUUGCUGCCACUCCAUCGCAGGGCGAGGCACCCACUGCCCUGCUGCUGGGCACUGUGGGGACAAGCACUGUCAAUGACACCGUGAUGGCUGAGAGCAUCCUCGUGAGUCCCACCAUGAGCCCGUCCUCCCCCUCCUGGGCUGAGCCAGAUUCGGUGACCGAGACCACCGGGUACAACUCCCCUCUGGGUGCAGAGAGAGAUGCAGAGCUGAGUGCUGGGGAAGUGACACAGGCACCCACUGGAGACCCCCAGGCUGGGACGGAUGUGGCCACGUCUCUUGAUGAAACACAGAAAUACCAGAGCGGUUCGGCAGCUGCCAAAGCUGCUGCCAUUGCUGUCACCCCACAGCCCAAUUUUACCCCCAGCACCAAGCACAACGUAACAGGGACCGCCGCUGCUGCACCCCUGGGGAGCACCCCUGCCUUUGCAGACGUCCCAGCAUCCACAACAAGGGCAGGAGCAGGCUUGGAGUCCACAGCUGAUGCCACAUUCCUCCUCAGUGCCACCAUUCCAACGGCUGCAGGGACACAGGCGAUGACCACCACCCCCCUGCGCCCCGGUCUCACCGCUCUGCCCCCAGAUGCAGGAGCAGAGGUGGAAGAUGUCCCCCUGCCUGGGGACGGCCAAGGGGAUGGAAGUGCCCCCUCAGCAAUGCCCAGCCCUGGUGCCAGGGGGCUUCUCCCAACACCGUCGGGUGAGGUCGUGAGUGGAACCGUGGGUGACACCCCAGGGUGGGCAGCUUUGAAAUCCGGAGAUGUGGGAGAUGCAGCACACGGUGUCUUUAGCACUGCUGAUUUGCCCCAGCUGCCUCCAGAGAAUGUGACAGCAUUGGGAGCAGCAGAAAACCCAGGGCAGAACUCCCUUCUCACCAGCCAGGCAGGGCUGAGCCCUGCUAAUUUGCUAGGACCUGGUGAUGGGGACAGGCAGGGAGAUCCAGCAGUGUUACCAUCCAGCCCUGGCUCAGCCCUGGCACAGAGCGAGGCACCUACAGCACCCGGGGUGAGAGGGGACACAGCCACUCUUCUGCCAGCCAUCGAUGUGCAGAGUGAUGCAGACGUCCCAGCCCCAGACACCGGCGUGCCCCUGCCCACGGGGGCUGUGGAUGUGGCCGAGGGCUCCCUGCAGCCAGCCUUGUGGCUGAGCCCCAUCGGAGAAGAGCAACCACUGCUUGGUGCCGAUCCACCGGUCCCCACAGACACUUCUGGUGCACCCAGCACUGCUUUUCCACCCCCAGGGGUUGCAGCCGGAUCCCUUCCAGCAACUGAUGAUGGCACAGAGGCAGUGGUGAGCCCUGACUUCAGUGCUGAUCUAGGAGUAUCUCUAUCAUCACCCCUAGAGGGGUCACAGCCAUGGGGGACAGCAGCUGAUGGAGCCAGCACCAGUCUGAACUCAGCUUUGGGUGCCACCAACCCAUCAUCUUCUGGACCUGACGGCACAGCGUUGCCUGCUGCAGGGCAACAGGCACAGGGGGACACAGGCGCAGGGGACACAACACAGGCAGAAGAUGCAGGGGAUGGCAGUCCCUAUGAGAACACCCAGAGUGACACGAGCUCUGCAGCCAGCAGCACCCAGCAGGGCCCCGCUGACAGCGCACCAGGAGCUGUGCUGUACACCAAUCUGUCUCCUGCUGCAGAUCCUGGGGAAGGAGCCCUGGCACCAGCACUGUCCCCAGAUGGUCCUGCAGCACCUAGCCAAGACCUCUCUGGGGCUGGAGGAGCAGAACCCCUGCCCAUUGAGACCCCUGGUGCCCCUGGUGCUGCUCUCCCACCUCCAGCUGCUGUGGAUGGCACUGUAUUUGGGCCUGAUGAUGGAGCAGAGGCAGCAGUGAGCCCUGACCUCAGUGCUGCCCCAGAAGCACCUGUGUCCCCAUCCCUUGGGGCAUCACAGCCAUGGGACGCAGCAGCCGGUGCUCCUCAGGACACAGCUCUCCCUGGGGCUGAGGGACCAGGCACUGGCAUCAAUUCAGUGCUGGAUGCCCCCAGCCCAGCAGUGUAUGGACCCGUGGGCCCACCAUCACCCAGCUUUGGGGUACAGCCUGGUACAGGCAUGGGGAUGCCAGGAGUUGAUGGACCUGACACCAGCUUGAGUUCAGCUUUGGGUGCCACCAACCCAUCAUUAUCUCCACCUGAUGGUGCAGCGUUUCCUGCUGCAGGGCAACAGGCACAGGGGGACACAGGCGCAGGGGACACAACACAGGCAGAAGAUGCAGGGGAUGGCAGUCCCUAUGAGAACACCCAGAGUGACACGAGCUCUGCAACCAGCAGCACCCAGCAGGGCCCCGCUGACAGCGCACCAGGAGCUGUGCUGUACACCAAUCUGUCUCCUGCUGCAGAUCCUGGGGAAGGAGCCCUGGCACCAGCACUGUCCCCAGAUGGUCCUGCAGCACCUAGCCAAGACCUCUCUGGGGCUGGAGGAGCAGAACCCCUGCCCAUUGAGACUCCUGGUGCCCCUGGUGCUGCUCUCCCACCUCCAGCUGCUGUGGAUGGCACUGUGUUUGCGGCCGACAACGGGGCAGAGGCAGCAGUGAGCCCUGACCUCAGUGCUGCCCCAGAAGCACCUGUGUCCCCAUCCCUUGGGGCAUCACAGCCAUGGGACACUGCAGCCGGUGCUCCUCAGGACACAGCUCUCCCUGGGGCUGAGGGACCAGGCACUGGCAUCAAUUCAGUGCUGGAUGCCCCCAGCCCAGCAGUGUAUGGACCUGUGGGCCCACCAUCACCCAGCUUUGGGGUACAGCCUGGUGCAGGUGUGGGGAUGCCAGGAGUUGAUGGUCCAGACACCAGCUUGAGUUCAGCUUUGGGUGCCACCAACCCAUCAUCUUUUGCACCUGAUGGCGCAGCAUUGCCACCUCCAGUGGCUGUGGAUGGCGCUGUGUUUGAGGCCAACAAUGGAGCAGAGGCAGCAGUGAGCCCUGACCUCAGUGCUGCCCCAGAAGCACCUGUGGCCCCGUCCCUCGGGGUAUUACAGCCAUGGGACACAGCAGCCGGUGCUCCUCAGGACACAGCUCUCCCUGGGGCUGAGGGUCCAGGCAGUGGAUUCAGUUCAGCAUUGAAUGCCCCCAGCUCAGCAUCGUAUGGACCCAUAGGGCCACCAUCACCUGACCUUGCGGAGCAGCCUGGCACAGGUCUGACAGUGUUGGGAGCAGAGGGACAGGAGCCGGGAGGACUGAGCAGUGCAGCUGCAUUUGAGCCAUCCCUGAGCUCCUCUCCAGGCACUGGGCUGGCACUUGGAACAGGUCUGCUGCCUGGUGCUGGGUCCCCAUCCAACUCUGCCUCCCAAAGUGAUGCCCUUGCAGUUCCAUCUAUUUCAGACAGUGAUGGAGGAGCUGCACCCAUCCCAGCAGCAGCUCCUGGCUCUGUUAUCCCAUCCCAGGUCUCUCCAUAUGGUGAAGGUGGCCCAGAGCUCACUGUGGCACAAGGGAUCAGCAGUGAAGGGGGUGUGGCACAGGCAGAAAUCCCAGAGAGCCAAAGUCCCUACACAGACACGAGCUCUGCAGCCAGCAGCACCCAGCAGGGCCCCGCUGACAGCGCACCAGGAGCUGUGCUGCACACCGAGCUGUCUCCUGCUGCAGCUCCUGGGGAUGAGGCUCUGGCACCAGCACUGUCCCCAGAUGGUCCUGCAGCACCUAGCCAUGACCUCUCUGGGGCUGGAGGAGCAGAACCCCUGCCCAUUGAGACCCUUGGUACCUCUGGUGCUGCUCUCCCACUUCCAGCUGCUGUGGAUGGCACUGUGUUUGCGGCCAACAAUGGGGCAGAGGCAGCAGUGAGCCCUGACCUCAGUGCUGCCCCAGAAGCACCUGUGGCCCCAUCCCUUGGGGCAUCACAGCCAUGGGACACAGCAGCCGGUGCUCCUCAGGACACAGCUCUCCCUGGGGCUGAGGGUCCAGGCAGUGGAUUCAGUUCAGCAUUGAAUGCCCCCAGCUUGGCAUCGUAUGGACCCAUAGGGCCACCAUCACCUGACCUUGCGGAGCAGCCUGGCACAGGUCUGACAGUGUUGGGAGCAGAAGGACAGGAGCCGGGAGGACUGAGCAGUGCAGCUGCAUUUGAGCCAUCCCUGAGCUCCUCUCCGGACACUGGGCUGAAGGCUGGGAUGGACCUGCUGCCCGGUGCUCUGUCCCCAUCGGGUCCUGCUUCCCCCAGUGAUGUGCUCACAGCUCCAUCUGCCUCAGAUACAGCUGGCCCAAGUGGCCUGGGAGGAGCUGGUGGUGCUCCUGGUGCUCUGCAGCCCUCCCUGGGUGCUGCACCCGGGCUCCGUCCCUCUGCAGGAGUGCGUGAUGGGCCCGAGGCUGUCUCUGCAGAUGGAGAAGCUCCAGGGCAGUCUCAGGACCAGGCUGGGACAGGAGCAGCUGCAGCCUCUGACGGAAGACCAGGAGCUACCCUGCACUCUAUAUCUUCCUCCCCAUUGGCUGAUGGAUCUUCAUCACCCGAAGCAGCUGCUGGAGCAGAUACAGGAGCAGGCAUCCCCAGAGCUGGUGAAGUUGGCUCAAGCUCAGGCUUGGGGGCUGCUGCCUUUCAGGGCAACAAGGAAACCCCCAUCCUUCUCCCCAGCAUUCAAAGCAGUGCCAGUGUCAGCCCUCCUGGUGCCAAACUCAGCCAAGCCAACGUGGUGGAGCUGGUUGGAGGCAAACUGGGAAUCUCAGCCCAGGAGGCACCUACUGCUAGUGGGGGAAAUGGGUUGGGCACUGUCACUCAGAUUGCAUCGGGAGUGUUGCCCCCCUCCAUCCCCACCUCCCCCCGAGAGACACAGCCCCUGGUCCCAGUGGCUCCAGCUGCCUCCAUCCCAUUGCUGGUGUCUGAGACUGCCUCUGCCAGGGGGGUUGGGGACAGCUCAGUUCCCAACACGGGCCCUUCCUCUGCCUCCAGCACCCAGAGUGGGAGCAACCCCCCAGUACUGCCAUGGUCCCCUGUGGAUGAGAUGGCUUCUGGGAUGCUGGCAUCACUGGGAGAAGAGCUCCAACGUGCCCCUAAUGCUGCCCCAGCUCCGCCUUCUGCAUCUGAAAGAGAAAACCUAAAGGAGGGAGCAGCUGCCAGCCCUCAGAUCUCCUCUCCAGUUCCAGCAACUCUGGGACAGCCGGCUGCUGCCCUGGCCCUGCCGCCGCUCCCAGCAGUCCCGGCAGUGCCCCUCUAUGGGUACGGACCAAGAGAGAAUGACCACGAAUAUGUGCAGAGGAGAGCAGACUUCAACUCCCCACUUUUCAAGCCUGAGACCGGAUUCCCUUUCGGGAAAACUCUGCGUGAUUCUCUCUACUUCACAGACAACGGGCAGAUCAUCUUCCCAGCCUCCGACAGCAGCAUCUUCACGCUCCCCAACCCGCCUGCCCACAGAUUCACCGGCCACGAGGGCGUUGCCAUGAUCGCCGUGUUCUGGGACAACGCCGACUUCUCCAGAGGCACCGGCACCACCUUCUACCAGGAGUUCCUCACCCUGAACUCAGAGAAGCCACCAUUCGUCCGUGACGUGGAAGAGAAGGUCCGGCGCUACCUCAGGUCCUCCUACUCCGCAGCCUGGACCCUGAAGAUCACCUGGGAGAAGGCGCCCGCCUAUGGGGCACGUGGCGACAGCCGCAGGACAAACACAUACCAGGCUGUCCUCACCACUGAUGGCUUCAGGUCCUACGUCCUGAUCCUGUACCAGGAUGGAGGCAUGCAGUGGGACUACACACAGCUGCCGGCCACCAACGUGCUGAUCGGCUACACCAGUGGGGAUGGGUAUUACCGCAACGAUGACCUGACCCAAAGUCCUCCAGCUGCAAAAUAUCGCCCUGACCGCUACAGGGGCUACAACACAGAUCUCCGCGGGCUGUGGCUGUACAAGCUGGAGAGCCGUGUGGGCACCAACUACCGCCUGAAGUGCCUGGCGUGGACGGGGCGGCAGCAGGAGCCACAGGCAUGGAGCCAGGACCUGCCUGCUUGCCCCUGCUCCCUGCAGCAAGGCCAGCAGGACCCGCGCUUCAGGAGCAGCCGUGGAGGCUGGGGGUCUGCUCGUGUCUCCAUGCUGCACUCCUCCUCACCCAACUCGCACGGCGCUGGUGUUCGCUGCCUGUAUGAUGGCCGGGGGCAGCUGGUGGAGGGACGGCAGGAGAGAUACUGGAGGGCAUCCCGGCAGGCGUCCCCGUAUCGCGACCAGGAGCUGAAGCUGUAUGAUUGGUGCUGCAACCAAGCGGGCAGUGCUCACCUCUGUGCCCACUACAAUGAGAAGAGACCACGGAUUGGAUGCGAUGGGUACCGGGCACCCGGUGCAGAAGAUUCCUCAGAAGACAGCAACUCGGAGGAGCAGAGAGAUGAUGAUGAGGAGUAACUUGGGGGUCACAUACACACAACACACUCUGGGCCAUGGAUGAUCCUCCGAACCCUUCACUUUCAUUUGUACCCGGCACUCCUAUGUAUCCCCUGUGCAUCCCUGCUCCCUCAAUGAUGGGACAGGCACUGUGGCACUGUCACCACAUCCUCACCCCUGCUCUCCUGCCUGGGGAUGGCACCAUAGGGGAUUUUGGCCCCCAGCACCCGGGGCUUUGCACCUUGCUUAUGUUCAACCCCGUGAUUGGAAAUUACGGGAGAAAAAUAGUACUGUGUAUGUGAGAACACCAGAAUUGUUGCAAAAGCACCAAAGUUCUUGUCGCGUUGCAUUCCUUCAAUAAAGUGUCAGAGGGCCUGAGCAUCA